CUAUUUAAUUUCAAAUGCAAAGACAGUGGCGUAGUAUUAUUAGAUAAGAUUGUACAUUUUAGCCUGAGGAGUGCAUAACUAAUUUUUAAUUAGUUUUAUCAAGCACUGGUAACAUUUAAAGAUGAGUAUGAGGUUUUGUUUUCAAAUUUGUGUUUUUUCCUUUAUUUUCUGCCACUAUGUUGAAGCUCAAUUCCUCGCGGGAAACUCAGGGUGGCCGCCAAGUGGAAAUGUGAUACCCCGUGUAACCGCACAUGCACCUCGAUGCAGUGCCAUCAAAAGUAUCAACUGUGAAAAGUAUGGUUUCAAUGUCACAAUGUUUCCGACUUUUCUUGGUCAUCUAAAUGUAGAAGCUGCUGAUGCCCUGCUGACUCACACAUUUAAAAAUACUAUUGUAUGUCCAAUUCCAAGACAAUCUGCUGAAUUGAUAGGAUGUGCCAUUAUUCUUCCGCUUUGUGAAAUGGGGAAAAAAGUGCCCCCAUGCCAGGAGGAUUGCACAGAUGUUAUCACGCAAUGCAGAGUUAAUCAAUCCCCAGGAUAUGAGAUGUCUCUCAGAAUUUGUACUUUAUUUCCAAAAAGAUUGUCAGGCAUUAAUUGUAUCAGAAUAUAAGGUAUGACAUAAAAGUGAAAAGAUAUUUGGAAGCUCAACAUUCGAUCAUGAUCUUUUUAAAACAAUAAAUAUUACCAACGUCACAAAUUAUAUAAAAUUGUUUUUGUCUUUUUU